CGGCUGGCUUGUUAUCCUUCCCCAAGAAGCAAUAUGGCAGAUGCAGACGUGCAGAUUCUCAACCAUGACGUAAAAGUGCGGUCGCUAUCUCACCGUCUGGGGUCCAGGUGCCAUGAAAAACAACUCCCAUGCAUGCGCCAAAUUCACACAGUCAUGGCAGAUGCAUGUCGAUUCCCACUGGGCCUCUACCCUCCGUACCGCAAGAUCAAUAUACGUGACACUGCGGCUUGUCCAAUCAUGUCUCCAGGUCUGCCGAUCAACACGCCACUGUCAUAAUACCCCAAAGCCUAUUUCAUCAUCCUUCCUCUCGUACAUCUGGGUCUGGCUGGCUCACGAUCCCUCUGUAAUCUACGGCGUAAAGCGGGUGACAAGGAUGCUACUGAACCAGUGCUCCUUGUUCCAGACGAACGAUGAUAUCAUCGAUGCAUAUACGCGGCCCGUGGCAAGAGUACCGGGAUGCUGCCCACCACGAUGCUCUAUAAAAGUAUGCCUCGGAGCCCUGUCAAAUAGCUUCCCCAACAAUCCACUUCUCUGUCCAGAACUGCAGUCAGGAUCUUUCAAACCUGUUGAAACAAUCACACUUUUUGGAUCAAACCACACACACACACACAUCCCUUUCACCUCACAAUCAUCAUGUCUGGAGACAACAACAACAACGGUACGUAUAUCCAUCCCCCACCUAUUCCUCACCGAAACGGCUUCGCCCUACCCACCUCUCUAUAGUGAUAUGCUUCCUCUGGAUCUCAUUUGUGGCAAAGAUGCCGCCCACCGGUUGCUAAUAUUGGCUAACUAGUCAACCUUUUGCAAGGGCUCACAGACACCCUUGGCAAGACGGUCGGAGGCCUCACAGAAACGGUUGGUGGUGCUGUCGGCGGCUUGGGCCAGACGGUUGGCGGCGCUACUCAGGGUCUGGGGAAGACCGUGGGCGGCGUGGGCGAGGGCCUCGGCAAGACGGUCGGCGGUGCCAGUGAGGGAGUGGGCAACACGACCAAGGGUGUCGGGCAGUCGACCGGUGACAUU